GCCUUUGUCCUAAUCCACACCAGCAGGUGGAGCCGCAGUUAAAGUUUCCGAGUCCAUUCCGGGAGCGGGAGCCCAUCUUGCUCACCGCCGAGGCCCUCGCUGGAGGAGGAGGGUCAGAGCUUGGGUGCAGCCAAUCGCGGGCAACGCUGCUAGUUAUCAGAGCAGAAUGGGCUGUAGUUUAGUGAAAUAGGAAAGCUGCAAAACACUGUGGAGUGCUCCCGUGUAAAUAAAAAGAGGAAAAAAAAGUUUCUCAAGUCGCCGCUGCACGACGUCGGGCAGGCGCUGGGGCGGGGGUCUGCGCUCUCCCGAGCGGCCGCGCGCUGGACUUUAUUGUGCCGCAACAAGCCCCGUUCCCAUUGUUUGUGUUUUUUUCAAAAUAUGGCAAAGGUUCAGGUGAACAAUGUAGUGGUGCUGGAUAACCCUUCUCCUUUCUACAACCCGUUCCAGUUCGAGAUCACCUUCGAGUGCAUCGAGGACCUGUCUGAAGACUUGGAAUGGAAAAUUAUCUAUGUGGGCUCUGCAGAAAGUGAAGAAUACGAUCAAGUUUUAGACUCUGUUUUAGUGGGCCCUGUUCCUGCAGGAAGGCAUAUGUUUGUAUUUCAGGCUGAUGCACCUAAUCCAGGACUCAUUCCAGAUGCAGAUGCAGUAGGUGUAACAGUUGUGCUAAUUACAUGCACCUAUCGGGGUCAAGAAUUUAUUAGAGUUGGCUAUUAUGUAAAUAAUGAAUAUACUGAGACAGAAUUAAGGGAAAAUCCGCCAGUAAAACCAGACUUUUCUAAGCUUCAAAGGAACAUUUUGGCAUCUAAUCCCAGAGUUACAAGAUUCCACAUUAAUUGGGAAGACAACACAGAAAAACUGGAAGAUGCAGAGAGCAGUAAUCCAAAUCUACAAUCACUUCUUUCAACAGAUGCAUUACCUUCAGCAUCAAAGGGAUGGUCCACGUCAGAAAACUCACUAAAUGUCAUGUUAGAAUCCCACAUGGACUGCAUGUGACCAUCUGCCAUCCCUUUAGUACAAAUUAAGCUAUAAAAACAUACAGAACUAUUUCCCUGAAAUUCCGUAAGUACAUAGUCAAGACACAAUGUGAAGAAUUUGUUUAAAAAACAUCCUGUAGAAAGUUUAUAAGAAAACCAGUAUUUGAGCAAAUUGUGGAAUAUAAAUACAACUAUUUUUAAGUAAUUUUUUUCUCUAAUGUGUUAUUUUAUUUGUUCUGAAACUAAUCUGAUUAAAACAUAUAUAUUAUUUUCUUCUCCUCUAUAUGUAAUUAAAGCACUUAUAAAGAAAAAAUAUAAA